UUUCACAUAGUUUUAUUAAAAAAAGUUAAAUUUACAUAAUACUUUUCAGAAAGCAAAUGUAGCUAUUUGUAUCCUAAUUUUCAAACUUUAAUAUAAAAUGUGAAAAUAAAGGAUAAAUAACUUUGCGAGAACUUUAAACUAUGGAACAAGAGAUUUUUAGUGUUACAUUUUCUUGUGAAAAUUAAGUUUAAAGAUGGAGAGGAAAAAAGAAGGAACUAGUUCGCCGGCCGCGGAUAAAUUUGAUAUUCAUUUUCAGGCGUUGUGUUCAGCUGUAGAACAGGAAAAGCUGGAGAAAGUUCGCUCCAUUCUGGAGAAUCAAACUCAUGUUAAUGUGAAUGGAGUCAAUGGAGACGGUUUCACUUUGCUCGAUCUCGCGUUUAUGACAGGAAACCAGAGUCUUCUUAAUCUUGUAGUUCAUCAUGGAGGGAAGGAGGGGGCGUUCUUCCCGUCCCCAGAGGCUGUAUCUGCUCAUUUAUUGUCUCUAAUUAUGGAAAGCCGGAAGCAGGUUGAAAAGUUUAAUCAGCUGGUGAAAAUGACAACUGGAACGGGUCAUCUUAAUUCUACACUUAGUCAGGUUCAACUGAAGGAAGGAGAAAAGCAAUUAACUCUCUGGCAGAAACGGUUAACAACGAUGAAGAAACUUAAAGCAGGAUUUGAUUCUGCAGGUUGUCCUCAUGCCCCGGUAGAAGUACAAGCCAGUGUCACAGGCUCCAAUUGUAUAAACGUGAAGGUGAAAGAGCCUGACAAGUUUGGAAACAGUUUGUUUACUAAAUUCAAGAUACAAUGGAGCUUUACAGAUUCUUUCACAGAGGUGGCUGGUGAGGUGGAGGUUAAAACUAUUCACACCCUGGAGUAUAAUAUAGUGGGACUAGAGGAGGGUCGCAGAUACUUUAUACGAGCUUCAUUUGGUAAUCCUCGAGGAUUUGGACCUUUCUCAGCCUCGAGGCCUCGAUCCUUGGUCCCGUCCUCCUGGAGGAACGUGGAUAAUAAACCUCCGAGGAUUAGAUUGAUGCCGUCUUAUAGUAUGGAAGACGACUUGGAUCAGUAUGAAGACGGUAAAAUGCGCAAGAAAGGAUUACUCCAGCUGUUCCAGUCAGCCCCCAAGUUCGUCAAAGUUCCUAGGGUCGGGGUUUAUCUUAAUAGCAUCAUGUUUCACGAGGACAAGGUUUUACUGACGAAUGAGGAUUCUCUUCCUCUUCUUGAAGUACAAGACGAUGUGCCUAGUUCUGCCUCCCUGCAGGCUGAUUUCUACUGGUUUAUGAAGCUGGGAUAUAUGUGGCCUGAUAUUGGUAAACUGCGUUCAGAUCUCUCAAGAAGUGGAACAGAGACACUCAGAUACAGACUUCUCUCAGCAGCGGUAACAAUGCAGUCAGCACUAGGAACUGAGAAUCUUGGCGUCCUGUUCUAUAAACCUCUUCGGCAUCCUAACGGUAGUGUCGUCUUUAGUCUGGUUCACCACGUUAAACUUCCUAAAAACCUGAUUUCCCUCAGCCUCAAGUGGGCUCCAUUGUCCAGAGCGCAGAAGCAUCUAUCUGUUGAGGAGGAGGGUGGUAUCUUAGAUAUGCUCCGAUGUUCCCUCAGAGAACAGAUUCUUUUCCAUCAAGUUUCAAAUAUAUCCAUUUCGAAAGGUCUCCAUCUGUGCUGCCUCGAACCCUAUUCUACAAUAUUGUAUUAUGAGGUUUCCGUCUGUGCUGCCUCGAACCCUCUUCUACAAUAUUGCAUUAUCGGGUCUCCAUCUGUGCUACCUCCAACCCUAUUCUACAAUAUUGUAUUAUCGGGUCUCCAUCUGUGCUACCUCCAACCCUAUUCUACAAUAUUAGUCCGUGAGAACCCCCACGUGAACGCUGAGGAAUGGGCCUGGAUCAAGAUGUUGGGGAACCAAUCCUCAAGCUCUUCAACAGAAUCAGAAAUGCAGGCCACACCCACCACAAACUUUCUAAUAGGGGAGGGUGAGGACGGUGCUGACACGCCCAGUCCGGUACUUCCACGCCCCCCAAAGCCCGAUAAGGCGGUUCCGCCUAGUCCCUGUAGACCAACGGAGUCCCAGUACGCUUUUGGGAAACUCAUUCAACAUUCGGUAGUUCGACUCUUUCAGUAUUUAGAGGUAGAGGAGAAGGAACGCGAGCAUCAUAGAAUAUACGAUACAGAGAUCUUACAAUUAGGCCCAGAUAUCUCGGUAAUCCUGGUGUUACCGCCGAUAGAGACGGUUUGCUCUGUAACUGAGACCUGCAUGGCGAUUAAUGUCUAUCGGCGGGAUCUUCUCCUGAUUCCUCUACAAGCAUGGGAACUCCUUCAGUUGUCAACUUACUAUAGGAAACUACUUUCUUUGCAUGCAAAGCUAAGUUCUAUCCUUGAAGUUGACCUCCAGCUGGCUAGGAAGCAGCAGAGAGAGGCCAUCAGCAAUCACGAGUCUGAAGCUGCCGGUCACAAUGUCGGGACCUUAUUGGACUACUACCAGGCCCUAGAGGACUGCUGGACGGGGGUUCGCUGGAUCAGAGAGGUUCUCUCCGUGAGUCGACUCAAGACAACGCAGUGCGGGAUCAGUGUUCACCACCUGACAGAAUGGUAUCUUAACCAACCCGAAACACCGGAUGAUUCCCAAUAUGUUCCAGGCGGGGAGAUAUCGGUUCUCCAAAUAAAAUCCGCAAAUUUAUUUAAAAUGGACACGAUGAGGAAUUGGAACUCCCGAGGACGGGACAGUGCGGCAAGCGAUAGUGGCACACUGCAGAGUAGGCAGGGGCUAAGCAGGACACCAACAACAAGAUCAGAUCCACAAGAAUUCGGCAUGAUGGACAUGGAUAAGGACGGGGCCAACCUGACCAAUCUUGCUCAUGUAAGAUCUAGACUUCUGGCCGAUGGUCCACAUCUCCUUAACCCCCCGGUCUCUUACAUUAGUAAAACUUAUUCAAACUCCACCAAUUCAAUCGAUUCCAAUGAGAAUGAAUAUGCCAGUAAUCCGCGAAACAAUUUCCCGCCAGAAUCAAACAUCCUCCAGGUUUAUGCCGCGUACGAUACCGGUCUUGCGCACGGUACAAGUGUACGAAUCAAGGUAUCUAUAUCAACGACGGCCCGAGAGGUCGUUGACCUUGUCAUCAAACAACUCAACAUGGCCGUUAUACUCAAGGGCAAAGAUAGUCCAAUUUAUGAAAACGAAAAGCUGGGAAGUUUUUGUCUAGUUGCGGUUAUAGGAAGUCGAGAGCGGUGUCUCCGAGACGAUUUUAAGCCGCUAAACCUUCAAAACCCCUGGAAAAAAGGAAGGCUGUUUGUGAGGAUGAAACAUGAUCUUCUGGCUGCCAUAGAGCAUCUAUCCAAACAUACAACGCUAAUCUAACCUCUAAACUGACCGGCCCCAGGAGCCUCAUUAUCCGUUUAAUCACAUUGAUUAUUCACAAAAUCUAAUUAAUAAUUAAAUUGUACAAAAGGCUGAAUUAAAAGUACAAAUGCUUGUCACACAAAGAGUAAAAUGCAUACUCCUAUAUGUAUACUGCUGGUAAAAUGCAAGCCUAAACUUUGUACCUUCUUCUUAUUUACAAUCCGUCCUUUAACAUUCCUUCAUUCAAUUGUCUUAUGAUUGGGGAGUUUGCUCCUUUUUUAACGUAAAUAUAUUUAUUUGCAAACGGGGUAAACCUAAGAAAGACUUACCCAAGUUUUACAAAAUUUUACAAUAACGAAAUAAAAAAUGGCCACACACCCCCCCCCCCGUUCAAAUUUCUUUGUGAAAUGUAAACUGUAUUGUUUGACCAAAUAAAAUUAAGUAAUUUAAACUACAAAUAUCAAAUAUUAGAAAUAUUUUUUGGCUUGGACAAUUUUACACACUCUUUUUUGACCAGUUUAAACCCAGUUUUUGUGUCGUCUUCCGUCUACCGUCUACCAAAAUAAUAUAAAAAUAUAAAAAUAGCAUUUAAAGUUUUGUUAUAUAUGUAUGAUCUAGUUUUUAUUUAUGUUAUCUUUCCUAAAUGACACAACCAUGUAACCAAAUUAAAUUUUGAGAACUGAUACAGUGGGUUUCAUCAAAUUUGAGACGUGAUUGAAACUUAAACUGACAUUUAAUU